UCAAGCCCGCUGGGCACGAUGCUGCCGUUCGAGUUGGCGUCUGUUUGCUGCAAGGACGCAAGAAUGGCCCUCCUGAAAGCGGAGAGAAGCGACCCACUCGAGCCAUCAGUGCGCGUUGGCGAUGAAACAGAUCCACCAGAAAGGGACUCAGACAAUUGGGACGCUUCCUCCGGUAAGAAAAUGUCCCGCAACCCGGUGGUGGCCUGCCAAGCGGUACUUCUCAGCGAUGGUAAUGUUGAGAACAAGAAGAUUACCUCGGGGGAGAGCUGUGAGCUUGAAAUAUCGCGCGGCAUUCAUUUUUCGAAUGAAAUUUGUAAGAUAGGUAAUGGAUUUACAAAUUUACUCCACAAUGUCCAAACGUUGAGUCCAGACCAUCAGUUAAAUGCUGACGAAGUUGACGAAAUCGAAACAAGAACAAUUCAUGCAUUAAACUCUAGCGAGGCCGUGUCUGUGCACGUAAGUGACUAUAGUAAAAAAAUUAUUCCACUCGCUGAGAACAGUAUUCUUCCGCAUUUGAAUUCUAUGAACUCUGUUGGCAGUGAGAACUGUGAGAAAAAGAAACAAGAGGAAGAUAGCAGGCUUAGUCUGAACGAUGAAGAUCGUCGCGAUAAUUUGCAUUGCCAGUUAAUUACUGCACCCAGGGGUAGAAGAAACAGUGUUCUACAGAGACAGCAAAAUAUUGACACUGAUGCGACAGAAAUUUCCGAACAGCUUCCUGGUGAGGAAUCUUAUGUUUCGAAUCUUAAAGAGAAAAACACAUCAGCGCGAAAUGUUUGCACCGUUUACAGAAACGGAAACUUAAAGAAAAAAGAAAAACGCGAACAAAUAGGUCGUAAAAUAAUAAAUAGUAUUAUUAGAAGCGCAAGUUUCAACGAGCGUUCGACUCCGAAACUUGAACGAAACGCUUUCAAGUCGUUAACAUGCAGCCACGGACCAUACGCCUCCGAGGAAGAAGAAGACCUAGGAGGAUGUGGUCCUUCAGGUCGCAGAGACCGCGAUGGCUUACGCUGCCGGGAGGUUGGAACCUCGGUCAACAGGAGCUACAGUAAUGAAGACGACAAAUGCCGUAACGGGAACAAUCUCCUGACCGUCUACAAUGACCGUAAAAAUGUAAAAAUACGGCAGAGCUUAUCCGCUGACAAAGAGAACUGCACAUGCCGGUCAAACAAUACUGGGAAAGAUAGACGGACCAUCCGCAAGCUGGUCUUCAGUAAUUCAGUGGACGUGUGUCCUGGACCAGCAACGCCAGGAUCUGCUCCAAAAUCUGCAGGAGUUGAUAACGAAUCUCCUUUGCAAACUCCGUCGUAUGGCACCAAACGCUCUAAGUACAAUACGUUUAACGCCAUUUUUUCGAGCAACAACCUUUUAGAGCACCUUCAAUCCAAUUCUGGCGUUGGGGUCUUCUCUUCUCGAAAACCAACGCAACGAAGUUUGCAUUCCACUUGCGACGGUUCGAGUUCAUCUUCUCUUAUUAGGGAUUCUUCAAGUUCCAUUUCUUCUUCCAACGUAGCGUCUGGUGCCAACAUUAAUGAGCAGGACGAUACCCUUCCAAAACUGCCAAAAUUUUCGAAAAUUAAAGUGCCUUCCAGUCUGAGCCUGGUGCCCGGCAAGUCGGUGAAGUUAUCACCCAAGAACUGCUACAGACUCGUCAUCCUGGGAUCUUCCAAAGUCGGCAAAUCUUCUUUGGUUUCAAGGUUCCUGACGAACCAGUUCGAGGAAUCCUACACACCCACACUGGAGGACUUCCACCGCAAGCUCUACCGCAUACGAGGCGACGUGUACCAGCUCGACAUCCUAGACCCGUCCGGCAACCAUCCUUUCCCCGCCACCCGACGCCUCGCCUUCCUUACUGGAGAUCUGUUCGUGCUGGUGUUCAGCGUGGACAGCGCGGAGUCGUGGGACGAAGUUCUGCGCCUUCGUCAGGAGAUCCUGGAGACGAAGCGCAACGUGCUGACGCAGCAUCAGCAGCAGCUGGGGGACUCCAUGGGCGUGCUGGCGGGUGUGGCAGGAGUCGCGGCCGCCGCGGGUGGCAGGAAAAAGGAUCUGCUCCCUAGAGUUCCUAUUGUCAUCGCCGGCAACAAGUGCGACAUUGGUAGUAGUCGCUGCGUGCCGAGCUCGGCGGUACUGACGCUGGUGUCGUCACUGCCGUGCUGUGCGUACGUGGAAACAUCAGCGAAGAAAAACUCUAACGUUGAGAGGCUCUUCUCGGAACUCUUCUCACUUGCCAACCUACCUCAGGAAAUGUCUCCUGCUCUGCACAAGAGAGUUCACCCUGACCAAAUAGGGUUACAGAAUUUGAGCGAAGACGGACGUCUGGCAGCGCUGGGCUCAAUGUCGUACGGCUCUGUGCUCUCUGCCAUGCACGAUUCAGACUCAACCGAACACUCAAAUUCAUGCACGCAGCGGGACGAUGCUACUAGUAAUUCAGAGGACCUGACGUCACCGGAGAGCGAGGCGCGGCGCUGCCAGAGGCGCGGCCUGUCCAUCAGACGGCGGCUGAGCGAAGCUUACGGCGUGGUGACGCCCAACGCGCGGCGCCCCUCCAUCAGAACGGACAUGUUGCUGCUCAGAUCGAAAACCGCGCUGCAGUUGGCGCAGAGAGGGGAGAGGAGGCCACGCAGAGACGUGUCGUGCAGCCUGCAGUAGACCGAGGGGAGAGGAGGCCACGCAGAGACGUGUCGUGCAGCCUGCUGUAGACCGAGGGGAGAGGAGGCCACGCAGAGACGUGUCGUGCAGCCUGCAGUAGACCAAGGGGAGAGGAGGCCACGCAGAGACGUGUCGUGCAGCCUGCAGUAGACCGAGGGGAGAGGAGGCCUCGCAGAGACGUGUCGUGCAGCCUGCAGUAGACCGAGGGGAGAGGAGGCCUCGCAGAGACGUGUCGUGCAGCCUUCAGUAGACCGAGGGGAGAGGAGGCCUCGCAGAGACGUGUCGUGCAGCCUGCAGUAGACCGAGGGGAGAGGAGGCCCCGCAGAGACGUGUCGUGCAGCCUGCAGUAGACCGAGGGGAGAGGAGGCCACCCCGGGAAGUGUUGUGCUGGCUAUAAGAGAUCUUACAUCAUUUUGCAUAACAAGUUACGACGGUGACGCAUGUUUGAACGAUAAAAAAUGCUUAGGAAACUCCAAUGAAAGAUUUGAUCAUGAAGUAUUCGUAUUUAGUCUUUCUCGGAAAUGUUUGCCAGAAAGUAAUAAAAAUGUUGAUAUUUUCAUUUCGUGAAAAUAAGAAACGAAGAUUCUCUUUAUUCAUGAUAAUUUGGACUGAUACAAAUCAUGAGAACCUACCUUAUAACCAGAACUUCAAUGCAUGUAGAGGUGUUUUGUCAUCUUCAAUUCUUCUUCAUGCCCUUAUUUUUUUGUUUCAUUGUGGUGAAGCAGGUUCCUACAAUGCGGGCGAAUGCAUUAUUAGACGAAAACUGAGUGGAUGUUAUAAAUUGGCUAAAAAUCAUUUAAAGAUAAUACGUUACGAUAUAUUUUGGUCUUCUAACAUGGCUUAUUUUGUGGACGUGAAUCGUAAAAUUUGUUAGAUAUUUCGGGUCGAAUUCCUCAUACCAGUGGUUCCUAACCUAUUGAAAUAGACUACCACUUUUAGGCACCGCUCAGUCGUUCCACAAUUACUACACAUUAACCACACAUGUAAUAUUAAUUGCAUAUUAUCUUACUUGAUGCGUUGAUGACACGCGCAUCAGGUUGCGGUACUGCAUAAGUUCAACGAGGGACCGCUGGGUCCAGGGCUGCCCUUCGCUGCUAGAUUUCCUUGUGUUAGGCAGUAAACAUUAUUGUUACUUCAAAAAUAUCAAACCAAGUAUCUCUGAUGACUCCUAAAGUGUUUUUGUACCGCCUGAAAUACCCGACCGUUUCAACAGCACCACUCGUACCACAGGUUGGGCUCCAUAGCCUUUCAUGAUGCGCAUGGAAGCUUGCACCGUAAAUUUAAAUUUCACUCUGAACUUGAAACGCUGAUAAAUAUAUCAAGUGUAAGCUAAUGCUCUAAAUAUUUAGUUGUCAUUAGUAUGCCGAUUUUAGUUCUUUUGCAACGAUUUUUUAAUUAGAACCUUCACAAAACUGAAUGUGCGAUUCUUGAUAACGGUUACUCGCUUUUAGGAGUGAAGUAUGAAGUAAAUGUUAAUUCAGUAAAUGGUGCCUACCGGAAAAAAAGUGUGUCUGACUCUCUCUGUACUUAAUUUAACGGGUAUGUGUUAUGGUGUACUAUUUUCUAAUAGAACUAACGUAUAAAUAUUCGGGUUUAUACGUGGGUUCACUGUUCACAUAAUUGAGCCUCGCGGACUUUAAGCCGUGGCGUUUUCCUCAAGAAGAUGGCAAAUUUGCAGAUUGUAGAUGGCAGCAAAUAUUUCGUGAGAAUGCAGCCAACGAGGUCUGAUAGGCAAUUUAACAAAGUGCUAUCGGUACCUUAAUUCUGAUGUCUCUGAACUGGGUAACUGUGAACUCUCUGACAUUUAUGUAGAGCCGAGAUAAAAAGCAACAAUUUAUUUAUUCGUGUAUAAAUUGUAUAUGUAUGAAACUAGUCGAAUAUUUCUUUAUUUUAUUAUAGAUCUAUAUUAUUGCAGGUUCCAUAAGUUUUAAUAUAGGGUCACGUAUUCUCUUAAGCGUGUUCUGCAACCAGUAGUAUGGUUAAUAAUGCCUAAUGGCCUUAAAGUUCUACGUUGAUAUUUUUAACUCCUGACCAUCUGGGGAUUUGCUUGCCAUGUUUUUAUUGUACUAUGUUUAGCUCUAUUCGAUAUCAAAACAUUGGACGAUAUCGUAGAAUAAACGGCCAUCUACGAGGCCGAUGCGCUUUUAUAUAUCCCUGUUUCAUAUAUUGAAAUGUAAGUAUCACUAUUACACAUAGAAAAACACUUCUACAAUGCGCCAUAAAUCUAAAGCUGCUAUGUCAACGAUGCUAAAAAAUUCUUUUGCUUGGAAAAUGACUAAGAAUAAAAAACGAAAUUUUUGCGGGAUCGAAUAACUAAGAUUGUGACGUAUAAUGGAGUUACAAUUGCGUGAAUUCACUCAUAAAUUUUUAUCUUUGAUUAUUUUUAUGUGAAUCGAAAAAAAAUCGUCAAUGAUGCUGUCUCUGUUGAAACGUAUUUUCUAUCGGCAUUAUCUACACAGUCAAGUACGAAGUCAAGUAGCAUUAUAACAAAUGGAUUUGCGAAAACUGCCAGGGAAUGUAUUGAAAUAAGCAGUUGCAUGUCACAAUUGUGUAUAUAGUCUUUCACAUUGACUUGUUUGUGUGUGC